UCCCACCUUCCUUCCGCCUUUGCGGACAUGUAUUUCCAUUGUUAGAGGGGUCAAUCGACUAUCUUUUCAAUAAAAUAGAUCAUACUUGCCACCAGUUGACCUGUCCGGAUAAAGUAAUAAUAAAGGAAGAAGAUGGCAGACGAAACGUUAUGUAGCUAGCUUGCUAAACAGUUAUGGCAGUUUAUUCGAUUGAGGCUAGAAAGCGAUAAAUGACAUUUCAGAAAUGUUAGUUAAGUAGCUAAUGUUAACUUGUGGCUACCUGGCUAGUUACCGUUAGCUAGCUAGGUAGCUAACAUUGUCCUGUUACAAACUACUUAUUUAACUAGUUAGACAUUUUACAUUCUGAAUUAACGUUACUAAUUAUACGUAAAUGUGUAUAGCAUCAGCCAGUUAGCGUUCUAGUAGCGACCAUCUCAUAGCUUGGCUGUGUAGCGUGAGCUAGCUAGGUUAGGUCAUUUGCUAGGUUAGAUUGUUGUUGCCAGUCACUGUUUUAUAAAAUAACAAAUGGCUGGGUUGGCGACUGUGACCACCCUUCGAUUGCCUAUAGGCAUACGGACAUUCAGUGAGUUGCGAGAUGUCUCUACAUUUGGCAAAAACCGGUUGAAUACAGUGUUGGGGCCAAGAAUACGGAUUAAACAGCCAAUCAGAUAUGUGACAUCUUGUGGCAUCCUUAUGACCAGAACCCUCAGGAUUCUUAUCCAUUUGGACAGGAGGACAACUAUCAUUCCCCCCAGCAGAACCUUCCUUAGUCUGGCCAACAAGAGGAAACAGUAUUCAGAACGAAGAAUCAUUGGUUACUCGAUGCAGGAGAUGUAUGAUGUGGUGGCCAAUGUGGACGAUUAUAAGCACUUUGUUCCGUGGUGUAAGAAAUCUCAGUUCAUCAUGCAGAGAGCCAGUCAUGCUAAAGCCAAACUAGAAGUGGGUUUCCCCCCUAUAGUCGAGAGAUACACCUCCAUGAUCACCAAUGUGCGCCCUCAUCUAGUCAAGGCUGUAUGCACAGAUGGUAAACUGUUCAACCACUUGGAGACAAUAUGGCGUUUCAGCCCUGGAAUACCUGGUUAUCCCAGAACCUGUACUGUUGAUUUCUCUAUAUCUUUUGAGUUUCGCUCUUUGCUACACUCGCAGUUAGCGACGGUCUUCUUUGAUGAGGUCGUGAAGCAAAUGGUUGUUGCCUUCGAGGGCCGAGCUUGCAUCAAGUACGGCCCAGAGACUAAAAUACCCAGAGAACUCAUGUUCCAUGAGGUGAACCAAACGUGAGCCUCCAUGUGCUUGUGCAUAUAUGGGAAAUUCACACGUUUUCCCCACUUUCAACCCAUUGCAUUUUGUGGACGACCAUUAGAUAGAUGACUGUUGUUGGACACGGUUGAAGUGGGGAAUGGAUCUCCAGCUUGACUGCUUGAACAACACAGCCACCACUUGCAUGUGAGAAGAGCAUCAUUUCAGACUGGGACCGUCCUCCAUAUGUACUGGAUUCUUAGGCCAUUCUCCUAUUUAUUGCCAAUUUGCUACAGAGCCUGAUAUUUACUGAAUCAAAUUCCAUAUUUUAUAAAGUGUAAUGAAUUGUCAGGCUUUCAAGAUUCUUUUUACCAAUCCAGGAAAUACUUCAGCUAGUUAACUGGGGACUCAUAAGAGAACUGAACAGAAUAUAUUUUGGUAGGUCAGAAUUACCAUGUCACACCCAUUUGAUUUUCAUAAGAUGUUUUAACUGGUUUGAAUCAUGUCCACACAUUAAAUCUAUGUAGAAAUAUAAACACAACAAUUAAACUGAGUGUGUGUAUAUAAGGAAAUCAGUUCAUUGAAAUAAAUUCACUAUGCCCUAAUCUAUAGAUUUCACGACUGGGAUUACAGAUAUGCAUCUGUUGGUCAGAUAGCUUUAAAAAAUGGACCUCACAAUAGGGCUCAGGAUCUCGUCACACUCUCUCUGUGCAUUCAAAUUUCCAUCAAUAAACUGCAAUUGUGUU